CAUGGCCGCUGUGUCAGGCCCCGGAAGGCGUGGGCGGGGUGCGGUUUUGGGUGGAAACUGAAAACAACGUCGGGACUGCUCGCAGGUUCACAAGGUCAGCGUGACAGCGCCGGACCACGACCGCUACUUCGAAGAAGGCUCGCCUGGCGCCACCGCUUUGUCGUGUCAACUCGGCGGCUUGCUACGAUCACGGGUAAUAUGAUGAGCCAUCGCCGCCUCGGAAAUGGCCCUAGCCGACGACGAAUGCCCGAGAGCCGACGGCAUUCGAGUCCGAAAACUGCGGAGAAAACUGCAGGACCUUCGUGAGAGGGCCGUCGUGUCCGGUCUGUCCGACGACGAUGUCUCGGCCGUCGUGGCCGAGGAGGUGGCGGCGAACGUUUCGCCGUCGGUCAGCGGCGGCCUGCUGCUCAAAUGGGCCUUCAUCGUGGCCACCCUGGCCUACGUCUGCUUCAACCGGGGCCUUCCGGACCUGGCCAACGACCGGUGUCUCGUGUACCCCGGGGGCCUGUACCUGGAGUUCACGCGGCCCGUGCUGCCGUGCGACUUCUGCCGCUCGCCGACCCAGGUGACGGAGUUGACCGAGAUGAGCAAGGAGGAGUUCCUGCGCGUCGGCUAUGCCGACAAGCCGAUUGUGCUCAGGGGCGGCGCAGCGCACUGGAGGGCGAUGCAGACGUUCAGCUACGAGUUCCUCCGGGACGUCUACCGCAACACGAGCGGAGCGUUCGAAGAGAGCCGCCGCUACUGCCAGUUCUUGAAGUCCGCCACCGACUUCGAGGAUCUGGAGGACUUCUUCUCCAUGCCGGACUCGCGUGUUCACAUGUCGAGGCCGGAGGAAGAGCCGUGGUACGUGGGAUGGAGCAACUGUGACCAGAGGGUCGUCGCAACCCUGAGGAAGCACUACACUAGACCCGACUUCUUUCCCGAAGAUUCCGAAGCUAGCGUCAUCGACUGGAUAUUUAUUGGAUAUGCGGGAAAUGGAAUUAAGACACAUCUGGAUUACGUCCUCCGUCCAUCAUGGCAAGCUCAGAUCCGGGGAGCAAAGACCUGGACCCUGCUGCCACCGCCAGAGUGCGAGUCGGUGUGCGUGCCUUCGCUAAAGGUCACCAUCAGGCCCGGUGACAUUAUAAUGGUGAAUACCAACCGCUGGUACCACAGCACACUGGUCGAGCCAGGCAACAUCAGUAUCACUAUUGGAUCAGAGUACGACUGAGGCUCGCAUGAUGCUUGAUGCUGUGCCACAAGGGUGCAAGGAGUUGCCGCAGCCUCCUGUAAUUUUUCAAUGCCAAACCAGUCACAUCAAAACCGGGGGUCACUGAGAGGGUCGAACUUCCCCAGCAGUUAGUUGGUCACAGUUUAUGGGGCACGGUUGGGGUCACAUCAACUAUCCCUCAUCACACGUGUGAAAACCGUGAGUGAGGCGUAGCGUAGCAGCAGUGGCCAGCUAAAUUUGUCUACGCUCUAGCAAAAACAGGUAUGAAAUGACUGGGAAUGCGGCGCUGCUGCAGUGGACCACUGGCUCCCCAUGCAUUACGCAAGUGACUGGGCAGGCAUUGUAAAAAUAUAGUGGACUAUGGAAAUGACAUUAACUGCUCAAUGCCUUAACAUUUAAACGUUUAAUGCCAUUUGCAUGGUGCCACAUAGACAUACGUAACAACAUUAAAUAUUAAUGCUGCUUGCAGCAUAGUGCAUUGUCACUACUGAUUUGGCCUUGAAUUCGUACACUCGGUCCCAGCAUUAGCAGUGACGGCUCCGCUCGGAAAAAUACAUUUCUGAAGUAACCUGAAAUAUCUAACGUAAGAUAUGUCUAGCAAUAAUGUAUUCAGUGGCAUUUAUUGAACUUUUGAUUGCUAAACAAACUCAUUAAAAGAUAAUUUCCCGAUUGGCAAACUUACUGCAUUCACUGCAGCUAUCAUCAUCACAAUGUAUAAUGUAAUUAGAAAUGUGGACGUAGCAGCUUUAGGUAUAAUGGCAUUAGGAAACUUUAAAGUCUUAGACUCUUAAUGGGAAUUGACCUCACCCCUGUGGCGUGAGCAUUAAGCUGGUCAAUGCCAACCACUGGUAAAACAUCACGGUGGAUAAGCCACAUGACAUCAGUAUUAGCGCCACCGGAUCAGAGUGCUGCUGAGGCUUGCCUAAUACUUCACGUUGGCUUGCACAGCAAGCACGCAGCAGCAGCACUGUUGUGGCAGCUAGAGAGGUUACCUUGCCAAGACGGCAACUUCGCAGAUCAAGUAUGAAUAGUUUUGCUUGCACCGCGUUAUUGGAAAUGCAUACAUGUGACCUACUGCUUUGCAGGAGUCUAAGUGCAUUGCCUUAAAUAUAUUAGCAAAGCAUGCCAUCUCACACAUAAUCCAACGAACACUUGUCCUGUACCAUGGAGUACGAAAAAAAGAACAGGAACUGCUUCACUGCAACAUUUUUUACCAUAGGUAGUGCACCUCGGCUUACAGCCAAGUGUACUUUCAUUACCACUCCCUUUUCUAUGCACUACUGCGACUGUAAAAUGCCAGAAUCUUUAUAAGCUGUCUUUGAGCUUAGCAUGCAUGCCUCAGUUAAUGUGGCACAAGAUGUCACUGCUGCGUGCUGCUUGAAGGUAAAGUAUAUAAAGGGACAGUAAAGGCAAACAUUGAAUCUAUGUGCACUGGUUAGAUUAGUUUUAUGCUAUGAGAUGGCUUAGCUGCGGAGAAAAUUGUGACUGAAAGAGACCGCAUAGUUCUUCCACAAAUCGAGUUGCCCUAUGACGAACGGAGUGGCUUAUGUAGGAAGCCUACACUGCGCCAGAAAUCUCAGGGUAAAGCCAUGCUUUACCAGGUGCUGCGGCCAGCCUUGAGUCAAAGGUCCCUACGUGGAGGGUGCCAGUACGAGAGUUUUAUUCUUGGUAAAGGUUAUGCUUUGGUAACCUUGGAGUAGUACUAAUACAUCACCUUAUCUUGACUUUAUGUUUGCCUUUAUUGUCCAGACCGAUGCCUUGUGCAGUAUGAGCCGCGUUGCUUUCAAAUGCGAGUCCCAAGUCUUUCACACAUGUUCGUAGUAAAGACAAUGCUAUUUCUGUAUCACAAACAUGCAGCAUGCCAAAAUGUUAAAAUAGUUUUCUAGAAGGUCAUACAGCAUUGUUUCGCUGUACACGUCAACUGUUUAAAGUAGAACAUUCAUGCAUUCAAUGUUUCGAUGAAAUGUGUGAGCUUGUUUGUCGUAGAGCUUGUAGUGUGGUGCAAGGUAGAGAUAAGCCAGUAGAUAUUGCAAGGUAUGCAGUGCUACCACAAAAAUGAGCUUUUUUUCUGGUGAUGUUUAGCAUAGACAGAUGCUUUCACUUUUGUAGCGGCUGAAAAUUACGGUGACGAGAGUUACGCCAGAUUUUGGUGGCCUUGACAUGGAGAUGAACUUCUUAUAAUGCCGUCGGAAUAGUUCUUUGCUCAGUGUCAUUUGAUGAUAGGGCUUUUUCCCAGUUAAUGGAAGUCCUUGACCGGUGGUCAGCUCAUAUUAUUGUUGAGUUUCAUGUACAGUUCUUGUGCUUCCUACGCACACGUUCCAAUGCAAUAAGUCACCGGUUAAACCAGGCAUUAUGCCCGAAAUUGUUGGGCUUUGGCAAUAACACAGUAUAAAACUGUUUUGUCAUUUCUGUGUGAAUUGUUGUGCAGUCGAACCUUGCUAUAACGAAGUCGUAUUCAAUGUGAAAAUACAUUCAUUGUAGCUCAUAUUUAUGGUAUCCAUUACAGGCUAAUGUCGGCGAGGAAAAUUUUAGGUUUACUUUGUUAUAUGCAAUAAUUUGUUACAUCUGUGUUCGUUAUAUCAUGGUUUGACUGUGUUAGUAUUUUUAUAUCUAGUCCUUUUGUACCAAAGUAUUGCAUGUUCAAGGGUCGUGCAAGAGCCAAUUACCUGGCAUUUAACAGGUUCGCUUUUCCGCUGUUAUAUCUUAUCUUUGAAGCAGCGUAUUUUUGAAGGCUCAUAAUAGUGUGUGAAUGCUACAAGGUUUUACGCAUGUGUACGUAAACGCAUUUAUAAAGUUGUCUUUCCGUCACCACUUGACAAAGCUUGCCUUGGCUGCAAGGUUCACCCAAAUGUGCGACAGCCUUUUAUGCCACUUUCUAGAUUUCAGGUUUCAAGUCAGCAAACUAUGACCUGUGAUGCUCUGUGGUCAUUGUUAUUUGCACAUUCUGGCGUGAUGGCAUUUUGUCAUUUGUGUGCUAACUACACGGAUGCAUUCAAUAUGUUACUAUAUUGCCAAAAUGUUGGGUACCUUGCUACGCGUGCACUAUGCUCCACGUGUAGCGGCGUUGCGUAAAUUGUAGCUGUUUGUUGUUGUACCCAGGCUGAUUUAGCGUGCUUUCAGUAUACAGUAUUGUAGACGAAGUUUGUUAACGUAACCGGUAAUUGUCAGAUGUGGUAUUGUUAGGAGUGGAACUGCCCUCUAUACAGUUUUUUAACACUCCCGUUCGCUUCUCUAACGCCUAACAUAGCAUCCUGAAAGAUUGCAUCAAUGCAGACAUGCCGCUGUGUUAACUUUGCAGUGUACGAAGUAAGAAAGAAAAAACAAAUAUUAAAGCUCAGGAAUAGACAGUAUGCAAGUAUGAAUAGAAGCCCGAGGUUCGACCUCACUUUUGUACGGCAGCUGUGUUAUACUUAUUUCCUGUUUCUGCCACUUUCCCUGAAACACGUGUCACAGUUCUUUUUGUCUCCGAGGCUCUUUGCUUUCCUGCAAUUCACCAUCAUUAGCGUUUACUAGAACAUUAAUACAGAAAUUAAAAACCAGGGACUUACCCAAGGGGGAGGCAGAGCCGAGAAAUAAAAUUAUGAUCAAUCCAUACAUCACAAUGCAGUUCUACAUGAUAGAGGCGAAUGGAGGAAAUCAAACAGCACAACACAACAUGUGAUAGUACACAACAUGAGUAUACUGAACAACCAGUGUUAACACUGUUGACAUUUAUACUUAGUGUGACCAACUGUCACGCAAAGCCAAGACAGCGCACUCGGCACUCUGCCAAGAAUGCCGUCGCUUGUAGACGUGUCCAGCACUAGUAAUGCGAAAUCUAGAGAAUGUAUAUCCCAAAGUGAUUGCAUAAGAAUACUAAUACCAUGCCCCCAUUUUCUCUGUUGUUUUCCGGUACCAACCACUGCCGUCCUUACUCUCGAGGAUGGUGUCGCCUCCUUAUGCGCCCUCAGCUUAGGAGAGAGACAUUGGUUUGUGUUGUACCUUGGCAGUCAUUCCAAGUGACAUUGUCCUCCAACACUUAUACUGCGGUCACCUCGCCCUCUACUGAAAGAAGGGUCAUUGACCAUUAAUGUGUCGCUACAAUAUAAACAUGCUCGCCUGUUCUGCAUUCGGAAACUGGUGGCGGUAGUCAUUUCUUGCGAUGACGGAGGAUAGUAACAUGAGCCAUGACAGUGCGUUUCAGAGCCCGCUUUUAGACGGGUCACAAAUUUCUGAAAGACAAGUCCGAGUGCUUAACGAGCAGAUGAAGGCAAUAACGCAGACGGAUAGAACUUGCCGGAUUAUUUUUUGAGUGUGACGGCUUCCGAGUAUGUGAAACCGCUGCGUUAAUGGUUUCUGAACACGUUGCAGACUUUUUAUGUUGGAGUCUGAUAUAUGGAAGUAAUCACAGUGGUGCAAGGUCGAAGCAAAAAAAAUACAUGUGCAAGUUGACUUUGACUGGUUUAAAUUUUAGAUAGUUCAUAUGCUCAGGUGGCCCUGAAUGAAAGUGUAUUUUAUUAUAAGCUCAAGUUUGCUGUGCUCACAUGCGCAUGCGACUUUGUGGCAUUUUCUUUCCAUUAGAAUACUGCACUUUAGGCAGUAUUGUGUUCACAGUCUAGGCUACACUGGUAUAACGUAUCUGUUUGCUACAAUGUAGUGGGCGUUCAUCAACGUGUAGCUACAUAAUUAUGUAUUUGCAUAAGUGUGUGCUUUCUUGUGAAGAAGUGGUUGUUAUUUCUUGUGCAAUGAAUGGUUGACUGCUAGGUAGACCUGUUACGAUUUACAUAUUACACUUAGUCUAGGAAAGCUCUAUGCUCCAGUAGGUGCACUUUACAAAGCAGUAAACGAAGUGUGCCGCGACAGCGCACGCUGAAAAUGUCUCGCUACAUGCAUAAGCUCGAGUCAAAUCGUGCUCUCACAGUUAAUGUGUUGCGAUGGCACCAUUUCAAGCACUGCAACCUGGCACUGAAUUUUCAUUGGUUCGGCAAAGUCUUGCCAAUAAUAACUGCACUUGUUCAUCCAUGGCACUUCUUGUAUUUUGCGCGCUUUCUGAUGCAUACAAACUUCUCGAGCCCUGGGCUCAAGCGUCGGGUGACACGACUUCGGCAGAGCUGAGCCUUGCCAAUAUGGUUAGGGAAGAAGAAACAUUCACAAAAGCAUACAAUUCAGUUUGUGCAACCAGGAUGGUGGUGGGUUUAGUCUUCUUCACCACAUAGCUAUUCGGGAAAUGGUAUGAACCUGGAACAUUGAGGUUGUAUUGUGCCAGAGGGCCAGCUGUGAGCACUCAAGCAAACUCGCAUCUUCUUUUCUAAAUUGUUUGGGUCGAAGCAGUAGCGAAGCUGUUAGGUUGGGUUCACCAACCUCAACACUCGUGCAGCACAAGUGCGAUGGCUGUGCCACUUCAAAGCUCUAAUAAAAUCACUUUAUGAAGAUAAAAUUCACUUUGGACUCUGCUGUUAUGACUAAUUUUUGCUCACUUCAGCUACAAUUUGUAAGUGUGAAGAGAAAGUCUAUGACAUUGCAGAUGCCUCUUACCAGCUCCCAUUGAGCACCGCUGCCACUGGCAGCUUUUGUAGCAGCAGCGGAUCACUUGAUGAGGUUGUUCCGUAACAUAGUUGAAGACAGUAAUGCCAAUAAAUAAGCAUAACAAGGACAGUCAUGAGAAUGACAACUUUAGUGGCACUUUUUUUGUGCUGACUCAGGUUUUCCAGUACGACGAACAAGCUAGCCCAAAUUAUUGGCUUGUGUUUGUAUUAGUAUACCAACAGCUCCUGCUUUGUCCCAAAUUUAGCUACUGGGAGUUGGUACUUGCUUCUGCACAAAAUGUGCACUGUUCCUGCAUCCGACUGCCUCAAAACUUCCGGUAAACGUGUUUGACGUGCAAGAAUUUUUGAGCAGUUGCUGGCUCACUGCAGGGCGUACUUAUACCAAAGGUUUAGCAAGGUCAGACACCCAACUGUCACAUUGGUUUUACUUGUGCAUUUGCUACGUGUUAGAAGCUCAAGGGCAUGUACAUUUCUAUUUGCUAAAGUACAUCCCUAAGGAAUGGCCACUUUGCUGACAACUAUCAGCGAUUACAAGCAAUACCGUUUUCCUGGUGCUACACUUCUACAAUGAAUGACCUUGCUUUUGAACGAGGCACUGUUUCAGGGUUUUGUCACCGUCCUAUUUACAACGUGAACUAAAAGAAAGUCAAUAAAAUGUUCCACAGCAUG